AUGGUGAACAUCGGGAACAAAGAGGCGACUACGCGGAGCGCGCGGGCUGAGGCGACGGUGCACGUGGGCGAGAAGAUAUGUCGGCUACUCAAGGCGAGUCAAAGUGCGGGUGGGUCGUCGCCGCACUCGAGCAAGGGGGACGUGUUCAGCGUUGCGCGACUCGCGGGGAUAAUGGGGGCCAAGCAGACGUCGUCGCUGAUCCCGCUGUGCCACCCGGUGGAGCUUGCGCAUGUCGGGGUGGAGCUGUGGCUGGAGAGCGGGCGGAACGAGGUGCGCGUUGAGGCGACGGCGACCACGACGCCGGCCAGGACGGGGGUGGAGAUGGAGGCGUUGACAGCGGCUUCGGUGGCGGCGUUGACGGUUUAUGACAUGUGUAAGGCGGGUGGAAAGGGGAUUACCAUUAGGAACGUGCAGUUGAUAGAGAAGACAGGGGGGAGGAGUGGGGUUUGGCGGAGAGAGGAAUCAUAG